UCUGUGCUUUACUAUUAUAGUUUAUGCUACUUGGGUUCCUCUGCAUGUAGUAAAUUAGAAUGUGGGGAGAAACUGUGUGAGAGAAGAGUAAAUAUAGUUGGCUGGGGUAACAAAAAGUGAGAGCUGGAAUUAACUUUUGUCUAAUUUCUAUAACAAAUAUUAUUGCUUGCUUCUUCCCAUUUUUAGCAAUGCGGAAAAAGUCACUAAGGUGUUUACAGUUCUAAAAAAAAUGGAAUUUAUUAAAAUCUUUAAUUGUGAGUUAGUAAGUUUGUUACAUCCUUUCCUGUUAUAACAGAAACAACCUCUUUGCCAUCUUCCAGCGCAGGGGUGAACUAAGCUCUUUACGUUAAAGCUCCUUUGUUACCCUGCGGUUUUUGUUGUUAGGAUUAAUGGGGGUGAUGGUAUCGUAAGUCGUCAUGUGCAUUGCUGCUUGCUGAUGCUCUUGGUUGGCUAGAAGCCUAGAACACUUGGUGGAUUCAGUGGUUGUUGUGUGAACAAUAAUUUCAGUAUGGAACUCAUGAACUAUUGUGUCAACCUUGUGAGUUGUGACUAGUGGCAAGUGCUGAAAUGUAUGAACCUUUCUGGAGAAUGUCAAGAAUACAUUCUGUAUAUCUCUCAAUUUUUUUUCUCUAUUUGGUUCUUCGACCUGACUUCUUAAAUCCUUUAUCCCACUAAAGUUUUACCCAUAGAGCUAUUGUUAGCUAACUGAAUUGGUAUUCUUUAGGCGGAGUUGCAAAUUUCUGUACAUUCAGACUUUUCCGGUGAACCCAGGUGGGGGGUAAGAAGUAGCCUUUUGAAAAGGAAUGAUGAGAAAACUAUAUAUUUAUUUAUGAAAGAACUUGGUCUCUUUUGGAAGAUGUCGAAAUAUAUACUACUAUUUCAUGUGCACUGUUGUAAGAACUCACUAGAAUUUGUAAGAAACAGCAAGUUAUUUGCAGAAUUGGAUUAGUUUAAGGCAGAAUAGAAGAGAUAUGGUUGUAUUGAUAGAAAAAGCUGAUGAUUUAGGAUCAAAUACAACCUACUUACAUUUGGGAGGUAGAAACUGGAAACUUCCCUAAGGUGAAAUUCUCCCGCUAACUUUCUGAAUGACCUCAAAUACAAACCUCCCCUUACCACUGAUCAUCUCAAUUUCCCUUCCUCACCUCUGCUAACUUACCCAUUUCAUCAUUUUCCAAACUACCCCUUUCUACUUCUUUUGUAAAUCAUUUCUUUUUGCACUUUCAUCGCUGCCCCAUUUUACUUUGCUUUGCAUGUGUCAUCAAGGGUGAUGGAUUAUGCAAAUCGAACCACUGAAUGACUUUAUGAUGACAUGGUGCAUGAAAAUUUCUGAAGCUUAUUGAAUAUGCAAGGUUGAGUAGAAGCAAACUCUGAGCAAUUAUCAGUAUUUAAAAGUGUGAGAACAAGGUUGAAACAUCUUCAGUGUCUUGCUUUCAUGUUUACGUAAGCCUGUUGUUGAACAGUUCAUGUUUCUUUAAGGUCCACAGACUCGAUAGCGAUAGUAGUGGAGUCUUGGUGAUGGGAAGAACACAAACAAGCGCAACAAUUCUUCACUCAAUUUUUCGCGAGAAAACUAUUGGUAUAUCAGAAGAUCGAGAGAUUGACUGGGGAAAGAAAAUCCUACAGAAAAGAUACUUGGCCCUUGUCUUUGGGGUUCCUAAACAGUCCAAAGGAUUGAUCUCAGUACCACUGGCAAAGAUUUUAGGACACCAAGAUGAAGUGUGGUACUUGCAAUUUUCUCAUAAUGGUAAAUAUCUAGCAUCAGCAGAUCAGCUAUUAUAUGGGAGGAUUAAGUUCCGGACAAUGGGAAACCUGUAAAAUAGAGACCAAUGUCAACACCGAAUAGUUCAUGCCUGACUACUACCUAAUGAUAUCUACUUGUCUACAUUGCCUAAACUUGCUGCAAAACAGCAUAGGUAUGAGAAUCAUAAUAACAAGCCUUGCAUCACUGCAUGGACAAUAUAUCUUUUGUCUAAAUUUUCUCUCCACCAUUGAAAACUAGUUCAGGGCCCGAGCCAUGCUCAGUUGUUCAUACUAGUCAUCUACUAAUCAAAUUUUAGUUACAUAUGCAAUAAAUUAAAAAUGUAACAUAGAUCAAUACCUCAUUUUCAUCAUAACAAUAUGUUAUAACAAUAGUUGCAGAUUCAUGAAGAUCGUUGGUUGCAAUAAUGCAGUCAUCAUUAGUGGGUGUCUGCAUGAUAUGUUUCAGACGAAAUUUUAGGAGCAAAAACAAGAUAUAGUGGUUACUGCUUCACUACAUUAUAUAGAUAAAUCAAAUUAGAAAUAAUUAUAAGGUGACACUAAGAAAAGCAAUAAGAACUAUUUCACAGUAUAUUUCAGAAGAAAUGAAUAGCAUGAAUGAGGAUAAAUUGCUAUCAAACUUGUAGUGAAAAAAGAGCAAACAUCAUAGAAAAAUCAUUCAUGAUUGCAAAAACCAAAUCUUCCUUUUUCCUUGGAGGUGAAAAAACACCUUGAACCCAAACUGUGACGAACAAUCAUAUGAAUAUAAGGCAUGAGGGAAGCAACAUAAUAUAAAACAUCCAUGAAACUUUACAACUGUUUUGAUAACCUGUAGGACUUAGUAGCAUAACUCUGACAUAAACUUAACCAUCUCGCUUCUUCUAACA